AUGACAGCGAAAUACGGAGCGCAAUUACCACAGCUCGGUUCGACGAAGCUCUUCCUCACCGAAGGUGGGAUCGAGACUACACUUGUCUUCAAGAAGGGCGUCGAUCUCCCAGACUUCUCCGCUCUUAUCCUCCUCGACACAGUUGGCGGCAAAGAAUCCCUCCGAGAGUGUUACGCGCCCUAUAUCGAGAUCGCGGCGCGGCUAAAAACUGGCAUUGUUCUAGAAACACCAACAUGGCGAGGAUCUAGUGCCUGGGCGGAAGCGUUGGCGAUCAACGACGCCGAUAUAUCGCGGUUGAACAGGGAAGCCGUAAAGUUUCUGCAGGAGUUACGCGACAAGUACGAAUCUCCCACAACGCCUGUCGUGAUCAGCGGGAACCUAGGACCUCUGUGCGACGCAUGCAAGAGCUCGGCUGGACUGAGUAUCGAUUCCGCACGCGCAUGCUACCGCACCCAAGUAGAGGCGCUAUGCGAAGCCGGAGUGGACAUGCUUAGCACAUUGACCUUGAACAACACGACAGAGGCGAUCGCGGCAGCACAACUUGCGAAGGAGAAAUACAUGCCGAUAAUGGUCUCUUUCUGCGUCGAAACAAACGGGCUGCUGCUGGAGGGCAAGUCUUUGGCCGGUGCUGUCACGCAGGUUGAUAAGGCUACCGGUCAAGAUGUGGUGUACUAUGGCAUCAACUGUGCUCAUCCAUUCCAUUUUGAGCGAGUCUUGCGUGAAAUGGAUCAGACUGUCCGCCAGAGACUUGGAGACAUCAGAGCGAAUGCUAGUGUCAAGAGCCACGAUGAGCUCGACAACAGUGAUAUACUGGAUAGAGGGGAUCCGGAAGGCUUGUCGAUCUCAUAUGAACUAUUGAAAGCGUUGCUUCCCGCCUUGAAGGUGGUUGGGGGAUGCUGCGGCACAGAUGAAGAGCAUGCUGCACGAAUUGGCUUGAAACUGAUUGGCUAA